AUGCCGAGGCUGAACUGGCUCUUUCCCUAUCUGGUGGCAAUAACGACAGGUGGGCUUGUUCUACAGCUCCGUCAUGGCUUGGGAUGCAAGCAGGAGCCUUUGAAGGAAGCGAUGAUGGAGAGAGGACCGGAAUACGCUGAUUCCACUCGCGAAAAACGACACGUAGGGAAGGUGGGAGAGCCAACAAUUAUAGAGAGACGAGCCCAUAUUAAGUCCAAGGAGGAAAAUUCUGGGAGUAUUGAGGCCAUAGAGCCGAAAGCGAACAACGGAAGCAUGGUCCCCCGAAAGGAGAAAUUGUGUACUGAGAUGUGGGAUGAAAGUGCAUCUGCGAAGGCUGGGCUAAAUUUCAAUAUGUCCACUCCCAAGGAACGUAUUGCUGCGCUGCAAGCCAACAGUGGACUUACACCUCCUGGGAAUGGAUCGUCACGAUUUUCGACUCCAUCUCCAGGCCCGCAGCGCUCGCCGUCGGAAAAGGUGCCUGCGAAUCGCUUGAGCGACAAAACAGCGCGUUUCGACAAACUUGGCAGGGCACCUGUGCCGAGAAGUGGCUUUGGAUUAGGAUCUCCGCCUCCUCCCGUGCCAAUUCCGUGAAAUACGAGUCAUUCAAGCAAUUUAUGGAGUAAACAGUUAGCCACUGAUGCCAAGCUGACUCGGAGCACAUCAAACCGCUUUUCAAGGGAACCAUCUGAAGAACAACCCACUUCUCCAUCUGAGCCGCGUCCCUUUGAAACGAUAAAAGCUCGUCCACCAUCGGUUCUCUCUGCACGUAGUCCUUUGGAACGCGGACUGAUAUCUCAAAUAACUGGAGAACCGCUUAGUCUCCCAAUGAGAUCACAAUCGUUGCGCCCUGAAUCCCCUACACCAUUGCCCAAAAGCCUAGUUUCUUCUGUUGAAUAACCUAUGGCUAUGCUGACGACCAGUGCUGCGUCUAAUUUGCCAGCUUCUCCGACCCUGCGUCCGACGGAUGCCACGAGCUCAGUCGCUACUGAAAUAGACGUGUCAAGUGAGAGAGC